ACGUUUUGAUGCGCUACGUCAUCAACACGCGUCAACACACCGCAGGGAAACAGCGCCGCGACCUUUCAUGCAGACGACACGCUUCGAUCCCGUUUAUAAUGUGAAUUUAAGAUAAUUUCGGAUUAAACUGAACGUGUGUGCGAGUUUGGAAGAAAGCUGCGCCGACAUGUUUCGUUGCUCUGUGGUAGUUUGUGGCAGAGGAGUCGUUAAGAGGUUGGCCUCGUCGUUCUCUGGUGAGAGCGCUCUGCCUCCAAAUCUGCUGCUGCCUACCAACCUAGUGGAUCCUUCCAGAUUAAAGCGUCCUCCUCCUCCUGCAGACUGCUCCCUGCCCGUCCUGAGGAAGUGCGAUGCCGUCGUUCCUGCUCAUCUGAGUCCCGUCCACACGUGGGUGGAGACUCUGGAGAGUCGGGACGGCGAGCCGGUGGGCUUGGCUCAGCUCCACCCGGACGUCUUUGCGGUGCCUCCGAGGCUCGAUAUUCUCCAUUCGGUGGAAACAUGGCAGCGAAAUUUCAAAAGAAUUAGCCACGCCAACACAAAGAUCAGGUCGGAGGUCAGAGGUGGAGGCAGGAAACCGUGGAAACAGAAAGGAAGUGGAAGAGCGCGUCAGGGAAGCAUCAGAUCGCCGUUAUGGAGAGGAGGUGGGGUGGCUCAUGGGCCCAGAGGACCCAACAGUUACUACUACAUGUUACCCAUGAAGGUUCGAGUGCUCGGACUCAAAGUGGCUCUGAGCUCCAAGAUGGCUCAAGACUACCUUCACAUCGUGGACUCUCUGAACAUCCCCACUCCCGACUCUCGGUACCUGCUGGAGCUCAUCAAACAGAGACACUGGGGACAGUCGGUGCUGAUAGUCGAUGUAGCUGAAGAGAUUCCUGAAAACAUGCUUGAGGCAACAGCGGAUUUGAAGACGGUCAACAUUAUUCCAGCCAUCGGUCUGAAUGUCCACAGCCUGCUGAAACAUGAGACGGUCGUCCUCACGCUGGACACGAUCAAGUUUCUGGAAGACAAGCUGCUCUGGCAUAACGAGCGCUACACGCCGCUGUACCCGUUCAAACUGCCGUACUCCGACCUCCCGUAGAGACACGAACCCAGCUGUAAUAUAUUCACUGACUGCAGUGAGACAGAUGUUUUCUUUAUGUGUUUAUUAUGUUAAAAAAAACAAGUCAUCAAUAAAUAAUACCAAUGAUUAAAAAAAAAA